AUGGUUCUAACUCAAGCACCUCAAAAUUUGCGGAUCGAAUUAACUCCACAAUCAACGGACGAAGUGAUACUCAGUAGGGAGUACCUACUUUAUACAUAUGGAAAAAUUGAAAAAUUCCGUACAGUACUAAAUAGCAGCAGUGGAACAGAAAAUGAUACGAUCCAAGUUUCCAAUGAGAUAAACUAUAACAAAACUAUUAAAAUCAAGUAUGGUAAUAAAUACAAGUUCACUGCUUGGGCACAAAACGCUCAUGAUGGUGAAAAAGCAACAAUUUAUUUCGUAGUCUCUAAACCCAUUUCUAAAUUGUCAAAUCAAGCUUUUAUAUUAUGGUGUAAUGAAAAAUGUCAUUUGUUAAAACCAAAAUUAAAAACACAAGAAAAUACGAGUUACAACAUUAAAAUAAAACAACAUAAUGCCAUCAAAGAGGAACACGAAGCGAAAGGAUUAAUUUCUCUUUCGGAAGAUAAAAUACUUUGCAUGACCGGGAAGAAAUUGGAAUUUACAGCGCCUGAAGAAAUCAAGAUUGCAUCUGAAACAAAUAUUAUUGUUAUUGCGGCGGUUGUAAGAAAAAGUCAGGAAUAUACACCGAAAAAAUUAAAAAACAUACCAAGCAUAAAAUUCUCAGACCUUAAAGAAAAAGAAGCACUAAUGGUCAACAACAACGAAAGCGAUCUUUCUUUCGAACCUGUCAAGAUCAACCAUUUUGCGAAUUUCUUCUCAACUUCGCUCGACGAUGAUCCAGAUGACAACAUAAUAACACAACAAUUCGAGGCGUGCCUAGAGCAAGAGUUACAAAUUGUCAACAAGGCCAGUUACACGAAAAUACUAACAAAAACCGCUACAACAAUGUCUUAUGACGACACUAGAGUAAUUUUUCAAGGAAACAGCGAGGGAGACUACAUCAAUGCAAACUGCGUCGACGCUUAUGACGUCCCCAAAGCCUUCAUUGCCACUCAAGCUCCUUUGGCGUCCACCGUGCACGACUUUUGGUUUGGAAACUUCCGCGUUGAGAGUGUUUCUCGAAAAUCGACUUCGCACUACAUCCAUCGGGAGUUUCAAGUAAUAUUUAAUAAGCAAAGUCGUUUGGUCGACCAUUUCCAGUACACAGCCUGGCCCGAUCACGGAGUACCAUUGUACGUUUCUGCAUUCGUGAAAAAUGUAUUGAAAAUGGAACAGAACACUCCCGUAGUCGUACACUGCAAGGUGUCUCAGAAAUAA